AAAAAUUGCAAAGGUCACAAUUCUGUAUACGAGUAAAGUUUUGGCACACUCCAAUUUGUCUGUAUAUUUGCCGGUGGCGCGCGUUUGUCGUUUCGCACGUCAUUUCCGGAGAGAGCUCGAAGCCUCGAAGCAUCGAAGAGGGUCCGAGAAAAUCCAAAGCGGUCCAUAGUCAACAUAAGUGCAGGCGUUAAAAUUACAUACCAUAUUUAGCUCAAUAUUUCCAGAGUGCUACUGAAUAACGAGAGGGAAACGGAAAAGAAGGCUAUCGGUGCUCUGUAUGCGUUCACCUACUCCGCUUAUUUUUUUAUUAAAAACAACGGGCAGGAAGGACUACAAAGAGAAAAAGAUCGGUGGUGAUGCAAAGUGCCAGCAUGGUCGAGCGACUUGGUUUAGGAGCUGAAGUCCGCGAGCUCAAACUCGGGCCCAGUUUCACGAGCAACAGCUCCAAGUUUCACACCUUGAAAUAUGACUUCAAGCCCGCCAGCGUCGACGACUCCAAGGAGGCCAGAGUCGACGUGGGCUCGGACAACACGGUAACAGUCACCGUGCCACAUCUGGACGGCGCCGGCACCCCUCACACCGUGUUCAAGGGCUCGCAGAGGCCCUACAACAAGGAGUACGUUCUAGUCAUCGACAAGGCCACCGGGGAGGUUACGUUGGAGAAGCUGAGCGCGAAUAUCCAGGUUAAGAAGACACGAGCGGAACCUAAAAAAAGUAAUAAUACUUCUAUGCCCGUUGAGGUUAAGAGAAGUCCCACAUAUGGCAGGGCGAAUGGGAGAACUAAAGUUAUUAGUGGGAAAAAGAGGGAACCCUCAUUGCAAUUGCAUCCCAAACAGAAUUCGCCACGGACAUCACCCUCUUCGCCCGUCCAAUCGUCGAGUGGAGCACCGACUCUGGCCAGUUUGCCAUUGAUUGGAUCAGAUAAUGACGAUUUUGCGCCGUCAGCAUCAAUGCCAGGGUCUUCCUCUGCGCAGACUGUAGCACAAUCAGCUUCAAUAUCGAAUACAAAAUCGACCACCUUGGAGAGCGAUUCUAGUUCGAGCAGUUCGAGUUCCGACAGCUCGAGCAGCGAUUACGAGACGGAAAACGUCUCAGUGCCAACAGCGAUUAAUGGUAAUUUGAAUGGUACAACUGCCUCACCCACGUUGUUCGCGGCGGACAAUCUCUUAAAUGACGAUCUGCAGUUAUCUGAAUCAGAAUCGGAUAGUGAUUAACGGUGAUAUAUCGUAUAGACUUUAAAAAAAUUAUCCAAGGAAAUUGAUUGCACGUGUCUAACUCACUUGUACUUGCAUUUCACUUGUAUUUGGAUUUGUAACUUGCAUUGUAAUAUAUAGUUUAUAUUUUACAUUGUAAUAUAUAGUUUGUAUUUUACGAUAUUAUUUUAAUAUCGACAAUUUUACCGAUUAAUAACUCGUCAAAUUUCUUAAAACUUUUAUACAUGGUCAUUGUAUCGUUUGCAUGUAAUUGUUAAGAGGUGCAAUUAUUUUUCUACGAGUUUCAAGAAUCCGAUCUAUUUUUAGCAGUAAACUAACUAUAUCACUUAAGAAUAUAUUUAUUUCAAGGCUAAAAUAUAUGAAUAAAUAAAAUACAUAAUAUAUA